CACUAGGCGGCGGAAAUUUGAAUUACACACUACCAACCGGUGCAUUUCAUGCGCAUUCAAUGUUAUUUAUUUAAAAACAACAAUUAAUUUAAAUAAUUCUAAAAGGAAACUGUAAACUACAAGAAAUAUUUUUUAUUAAAAAUGGCUUCAUAUGGAAAAGCUGAAACUGAAAGACUGAGAAAAAAUUUAGAAGAGCAACUCGAUCGACUUGUACAACAAUUAGAAGAUUUAGAAAAUUGCAGGGAUGAAUUAGAAGAUGCUGAAUAUGAGGAGACUAAAGAAGAAACAAUGGAACAAUUAAGGGAAUUUAAUGAAAGUUUACAAAGACUUAUAUCUGGAGACGUGACUCUUGUCGAUGAACUUGGAGCCAUGCAAAUGGCAACACAAUUGGCAAUUAGUUCAGCUUUCAAAACACCCGCAGUGAUUCGAAUGUUCGGUAAAAGAGAACCGGAUCGUUUGAGAAAUCGACUCUCCGAAAUUGAUAGAGAAUUAAAAAUUGGCAAAUUAAGUAAAGACGCAAGUGAAAGAGAACGAGGUGAAGUAUUAAGUGCUUUACGACAAUUGGGAGAAAAAUUAAAUCAAGCUGAACUUCAAUUACUUGAAAAAUUAACACUAAAUGGAGUGAUAAGCACUAAUUUUAUUAAAAUCAGCGACAGUUUAGACGAAAGUUCAAAUUCAAAUGAAAAAGAAAUAAAAACUUAGAUUCGAUUUAAGUUCACAAUUUUGCUCGUCUUUUGUCACUAAAUGCUUUGUAAAUAGUAAAUUAUUGUUUUUUUUUUAAAUUAUAAUAAUAAAUUAUAAAUUAAAGUUAAAUGAUAAAUCUGAAAAAUAAUGAAAAAAAUGAUUAAACUAAAAUUGAAAGAAUCGAAAGAAAUUACAAUUGGAACUAGACUUAUUUAUUUUUGUCCAAUUUUUAUAAUUUUAUUAUAUAUAAUUUCUAAUUGUAAUUAUUUGAUCCCGUUAGUUUUAUUUUUAUGACUAAAGCUUUAAAUAAUAAAGUUUAUAAACUUAUGAUAGAAUUAAAGCUUAUUUCAAUGAAUUAUUUAUUUUAUGAAUUAAAUUCAUAAUACAAGAGUCUAUCUUUUUAAUAUGAAAAUCUUAACGGGCAAUUAUGUUUAUUCUCGAAGACAAUUGUAAAAUAGAAUUAACUAAAUAUACGUCGAUUUAAUUACUAUACAUAUAUAUAAUAUAUAAUAGGAACGAUAAAAAUGCUUUUUUUUUAAGGACUGAAAGUUUCGAGCUGUGCAAAUGUCUAUUUUCUGUUAUGUUUCAAUUUACUAGCGCAUGAAGAAUUUAAUGUUAUGCAUCAAUUUUUUUUUAAAUCCGAAUUAUUAUUUUUCUAUUCAUAUACUUUCAUUGAAAAUCCAAAUAAAAACUUUGUUUUCAAAGAAAAAA